AUGUGGCCAGGACCCACCUCCACCAUCCCAACCCCCCCACCUUCCCCACUCACUAUCCCCACCCCCCUAACAUCCCCUUCCACCCUCCCCACCCCCUACCUUCCACCCACCCUCACAACACCCACCGUCCCCAACCCCUACUUUCCUUCCUCCCCACCCCCACCUUCCCCUUCCACCCUCCCCAUCCCCCCUUCCAUCCUCCCCAACCACACCUUCCACCCUCCAUACCCCUACCUUCCAUCCAACCCAACCUCCCCACCCCCACCUUCCACCAUCCCACUCCUCACCUUCCACCUUCACCCUCCCCACCUUCCACCAUCCCCACUCCCCACCUUCCACCCUCCCCACCUUCCACCAUCCCCACUCCCCACCUCCACCAUCCCCACCCCCUUCCACCCUCCCCACCUUCCACCAUCCCCACUCCCCACCUUCCACCCUCCCCACCCCCACCCCCACCUUCCACCUUCAACCCUCCCCACCCCCACCUUCCACCUUCAACCCUUCCCACCCCCACCUUCCACCUUCCACCCUCCCCAGCCCCACCUUCCACCCUCCCCAGCCCCCACCUUCCACCUUCCACCCUCCGCACCCCACCUUCCACCCUCCCCACCCCCACCCCCACCUUCCAUCUUCCACCCUCCCCACCCCCACCUUACACCAUCCCCACUCCCCACCUUCCACCUUCCACCAUCCCCACUCCCCACCUUCCACCUUCCACCCUCCCCACCCCCACCUUCCACCAUCUCCACUCCCACCUUCCACCUUCCACCUUCCACACUCCCCACCUUCCACAUCCCCACUCCCACCUUCUACCUUCCACCUUCCACACUCCCCACCUUCCACCCUCCACCCUCCUCUGCCCUCCCUGGAACCAUUGCUGCGCGGCCCGGCCUCUUACAUCCAGCCGGAGUGCUCUCUGGCCAGGGGAGAGCCGGCGAGCUGAAGGCCCCUCUUUGUGCUUCUGCUCCCUGGGAGAUAUUAACCCCCCGUCUCCUCGCCUCCACGACCACACAAAGGAAGCACUUACUAAACGCUAAAGCCUUAACAAACAACGCCUUUCAGAUGAACCCAGCUCCAUGCGGUGCAGAGGGAGGGGGUAGAGGGGAGCUGAGGAGAGAGAGGGGGAAAAAGCCUCCCUUUACUUGUAUUUGCAGAUUACAGGAGAAGGUGGCGUUGGCGUUGGCGGGCGGCUGA